GGAGUCUGUCGUAAACACACGAUCUUUGGCAGCGGAAAAGGGCAGCAGGUGCAGCAGGAAGUAGCCGUGUCCACCAGCCCAUCCUUGAAUAAGAAGAAGCUAACGGCGUUUAAUUGCCACAACCAGCUACACAAAACCAAGAACGUGAAAGCCACAGAUUGUCUCGUGUCUUGAGCUGAAAUGAGUGCUGCUGUACCCAACCAUCGAAGGACCAAGCCCGGCGGAAUAAAACCUGGGGCUGCCAACAGCGGCGUCACUGGACCGACCUCCCAGAUCCCUGGUUUGUCCCAGACCGCUGACAAAACCUCUCCAGUGGAGAGGAUCAGCGGACGGCGAGUUGGGAUAUUCGAGACGGACUCAGACUACGUCAAGCUCGCUAAGGGAGGAGGACAUAAAGGGCUGUUGAGUCAUGAUGUUGAUGCCAACGAUCAACCGAAGAAAGCCUACAAUCCAUCCAACUGGUUUGGAGGUGAAGAGUCAAAGAGCGGCAGCAAAGCAACGUCUCCUCACAGCCAGAUGAAGACGGGCCUGCAGCCUCUGGCUGCACCGUUUGGCACUGAUAACGGUUCGUCUUGGGAAAGAGAGACUGAUAUAUUUUCCCAUGAUAAAAAUAAGAUGUCUCCCGAUGGUGCCGCUGGUCAGAUGGAAGGUCUGUCCGUAACCAACAAAUACAAGAGAACGUCUUACGAUAAGAAAGCUCCACCGGUCAGCAUGUCCAAGCUGCUGAGUCACGGAUAUGUGGAGGAAAAGAAGAAGUCUCCCAAUGACGAUGAUGCCUCAAGUGUGACCUCAGAACAGACCAGCACCGUCGCAACGGAGGACAUGGACGACCUGGAGUAGAGCUUCAAGUUCUGGUCUGGAGGGAACGAGGCGUCCUCUAACUCUGGUUCAUGGUGUCACAGAUCCACGAACACGCCCCUCGGAUUCACUCGCAUUUAUUGUACAUCCACUGACUGUUAGGUUUUGUACUCAUGUUUAUGCAAAGGUACUGUCCUCUCUCUAUUUAUUUCCGCUUUAAUUUGUAAAAACACGGAUUUAGUUCUCCGUUAGACGUGUCGCGGUAUUUUUCAUUUCUGUGUUUCUCGAUUUGAAAGACGACUCGCGUGCAGGGCUGGAAACUAGCAUUAAACCGCGGAAGCCGAUUCGAUUCACAGCCUCAAAUCUGCUUUCGGCCGACGGCUGCUGUUAGUUUCCCUCCCUGGUUGUAUGAAGAUCGAGUUUGUGAAGUUUUAAAGUGUUCGUGCUAAUAAUGAAUUGUGGUUCCAGUGACGUGAAAUAUUAUUCUGUUUUGACCAAGGGCUCCUGCUGUCUGAAGGGAUGCUGGAGGUUUGAGCGUUUUCAGCUGCGGGUGGCGGAUGUGACCAAACGAUACGGUGAAUUUGUUCGGUUAAAAAGGGCCAAAAAAAAAAAAAGACUUUUAGCUUGCUGCUCUGCAAAAGGUUGCUUCUUUCUACGAUCCGAGAAACGUGCAGAUGAGCUGCAUCAUUUUUAAUCUGCAGAUAUGUUCAAAAUGGGUUCUACUUGAAACUUAAAAGUAGGAAAAACAAACAAAAAAUGAGUCCGUUCAAGUGCAGCAGUGCCAAUAAACAUCCUGAUUGUGCAUCUAAAUGUGUUAAAAACCUUCAGUGUUAUGUUAAUCCAUCCUCCUUCAACCAAAUAACACAAAUCUCACACCUAGAAUGGUUUCCUUCUGCAGGCCGACAAGCUGAAAUCCAAUUCCGCUGUAAUUCCCUGUGAAGAUGAAGGCAGACGAGCUUUUAAAAACGUGAGUUCUGAACAUGCCAACCAAGCAGUUUUUCCCUGCCAACGCAGUGUUUUUUGACUUUGUAGACGUCAGUAGGAGAAGUUAGUGUUAGAGCGCAGCCUGGUCACGCCGAAGCCUCCAUCCCAUGACGUGUAUUCAUUGACAGAAUGGGAGUUUAUUACAGUUAAAUGAGAGAAACGUUCGCCGCUGCAGCAUUUUGGCACAAGAAACUUCAAUUCUUGUUCAUUCAGUAGUUAAAAUAGUAAAAAAUAACAUUCUCUAGUGGUAAAUAAAGCAACUUGACAAGUUAAAUGUGACUUUUUUGUUAUUAAUUCUUAAAUGUAGGAGAACUGUCAGUAAAAACAACCAAAACCUGAAUCAUUUACAGGCAAGCCCUGAAUUAUUCAUGCCUGGACUGAAUUUUGGUUUAUAGCUCGUUUUUUAUUUGCCAAGGUGGUUUCUUCUGGCUGGAAAUGGCGUAAACAAGUGACGACAGAUAAUAAAACACUGUCAGAGAUGGUAGCCAUAGAUGUUUAACUAUUUUAAAGUUGAUUUUUGGUGAAAAUGCCAUGUAAAAAAUGAUUCGAACUGCUUGGAAUUGGUGCAGAAUUUUGAGAAAAGGCGUCAUUUGCAAGUAAGUAACUCGCUCUAGCACAUGUUGGAAGUCAGCAGGACCAUUUAGAGUCCUAUUAAAGCUUCAUUUUCUUUAAAGUUUGCACCAUUUUCAAGGAGUAUGACUAAUUUUGUGCUUUUUUUUGGGGGGGGGGGGUAGAAAUGUCAAAUAAAAGCAGAAAUAGUUAAAAUCUAGUGUUUCCAAAUGAAACCUGUUGGUCAAAUAAGAAUUUCCAAUAAAUUCUUACAUUUAUUGAGAAUUUAUUGUUUCCAAAAUCAUUCACACUCCUUGGAAUUGGUGCAAAUGCAUCUUGUUCAACUUCUCGACUGUUCUUAGUUUAUUAGAACAUGUUAGAAAUCACUAGAACCACUUGUCCUGCUGGACUGGAGCUGCAUUUUCUGAAGCAUUUGCACCAGUUUCAAGAAGUAUGACUACUUUUUUACACGUUUUUUUGAGAAAAAGUGCAGAAAAAGUUGAAACAUCUCAGCAUGUACCAACUUUUCUGACUUAUUUGUGUCAUUUCCAGCCAGAAGAAACCUGUUUGUCAAAUACAAAUUCACUUUAAAUCAAAAUGUGCCACGACUGUGAAUACAUUUGGGCUUCACUUUAGAUGAAAAGAUGAAGGAAGCGAGUUUGAAAGUUGCUCCCAAACAGCAGCAGACAAUGAAAUACGGCUGACUGUCAGGUAAAAGUUUCCUGUGAUGUUUGACGGACGGUUCAGCCUGGAGUCGUUUAAUAGUUUUAAUUUUUUGGAGCCGCGACUGUGACAGUGAAAUCCUAAUCCUACAGGGACAUUUGUCGAGGAGGAAUUGCUCCUGAAAUGAAAAAGCAUGGUGGUGAUGUGUUUGUCCUAAUAAAUCCAAUAAAACGCUGCAGCGGUGACAGACUCUCAUUUGAAAACUCUUACAAGGGAUGUGUCAUGUUCAACACGGCUGUCUGUCUGUCUGGUUUGAGGCUUUUUUUUCCUUUAUUCUACACGAUAUAUUUAAACAGUGGUGCAUAAUUUAUCUGUACGUGGUAUAAAAAGGUGUCAAGUGUUGUUCCCUAAGCUUUCGUGACACUUGGAUUUUUUAUUUUGCAGUGCAAGGAAUGGCGAAUGUAUCAUCUUUAGAUAUUGUUUGCUUUGAAGAACGGGUUCAUUUUUAUGAACUGUUAAAUAUUCAGGUACUGUAUUCACAGUUUAUGAUAGUGUUGUUCCUCCGCUCUGUGGAGUUAACAGUUUACAAACCAGUAGUGGGAACCUUUAGUGGCUUAACUUUGCAAUGUUCUCCCUGAGAUUGCGUCACUUGUCUCGCUUUGUUUGCUUUUUUUUUGUUUCCUGCGAGUUUAUUUCCAAUGCAAAUGUACCAGAGGAGACUGAAGAAGGCAGCUGUUGUGCAGAAAAUCCCUCAAGUGUUUAUAGAGACGAGAAAUCCACCUGACAACUCAGUGUGAGACCCUGCUUCUCUUAAAGACUGCACACAGACUUUUAGUUGUCAUUUAAAUAAAUGGGCAUGUGCAUGUA